AUCAUUCUGAUCGGUGAGCCUGUCCGUUGGGAGUCCUACUUGCAACUGAUUGUGGAUCUACUUAUCACCAAGGGUCAGCCAGAUCAUUCGCCAGCCAACUUCCCUGAUCCACACUUGCCAAUUCUAGCUUGCAAUCUGGAUCUUAUCUUCAUGGCGGAGGCACCAAUGCCGCGAUUUGGGCACGGUGCCUUUCUUGUCUGUCUUGAAUCUCUCUAUGAAAAGAUCACUGGUAACCCGCUUACCUAUACGGCCAUCUUGGGAAAGCCUAGCGAGAUCACCUACCGAUACGCCGAGCACGUGCUAAGCAAGGUUGCCCGGCGUAUGGGUUAUGAUCGACCCCUGCAAAAGAUCUAUUUCUUUGGGUAA